GCAAAACCGAAGUGACUCAAGCUUUGAAAGAUGCACGCACGCAAGCAAUCAAAUCCUCUUGUAAGCAAAUAUUACUUUGCAUUCUACCUAGCUGGACCGUGCGAAAAGUAAGAAAAGAAAUUUGAAAGAUAAAACCAUUAGAAAGAUAACUAAAUAUCACUAGUCUUAGCAUAACCUCAAUGGUAGGAGUUCUUUUUGUAAGUGGUAAUUCUCAACGCUUCAGUGGCUGGACACAGUUGAAAGAUAGGAUGAAAUGAAACAGUAGUAUUUAACGUCAACACUUCUCAAAUGGAGAGUAUGGACUCAAAGUGAAUUUAGCCUUCGUUGAAUGACAAACUAAAACCAAUAGCUGGCGCGUGAACGCAUGAUGGAGGUCCAUCUUCUUUGCCUUGUGCUGCUUAGUGAAGUUUUAGGAACGGCAGCCACGAUCAAUGUCACUGAGCCAAUUAUCAACGCUCCCAGUGGCUCAAUAUAUGAAGAUGUUUUAAAAACUGUUUAUACACAGGUGGAUGCAACACAAUCAUUAGCAAAGACUUCUUUAUAUGUAACAUCUUACCUUAGCCGGAUUUAUACUUCCAAUAGCAAUGGAUCAGAUACCCUUCGGAUGUCAACAAAUGAGCCGGAUUCAGGCUAUGUUACAACAAAUAAAUUGAUAUCUAGUUUGGAUUUGACUACAAGAAACAGAAAAACUGAAUUACUUCGAUUGAUAACAAACCUAAAGACUACAGAAGGGAAUAGUUCUCUGCCUUCAGUGAUGAUCAGCACGGUUGCGUCAGAUUUAUCGACUGAUCAAGCACCUAAGACAUCGAUAAUAUAUCCAUCUACCAAUAUACCAUAUAUCACGCCAAACAGCACAACGUCACAAAACAAUAAUCACGGGGAAGAGCCAAUGGUAGCGAAGAUUUUUAUGUAUGUUCUGCUAGUGUUAGCUGUGUGUUGUGGUUUAUUGCUCAUUAUCCAUAUUCUCUACGUAAUGGCGUUUGAGACAGAUCGUAGCUGCAAAGCGGGUUGGUGAUUUCGAAUAUUUUUGAUAAAUAUUCAAUAAAGGGUAUGCGUAAAAAGUCGUGGACAAAAAUGUAAUUCAAUGUUAAAUGCCAAUUGGCAAGCUUAGCUUCUUCUUGUAUAUACAUGUAUAUGGAACUACAGAAUUACGAAAUUGGGGCCAAUCGAUUUAAGGCACUUUAGUGAUUUUACCUAUCUGAUUAAGUCAAGCUACCUGAACGACUCAGCCUAAUUCAGGAACGCGGGCUACUUGAAGAACUAGCAACUUAAGCUAUUCGAGCAACUUACAACUUAAGCUAUUUGAGCGACUUAAGAUGCUUAAAGACUCAUUGCUAACAAUGAGCCAUUGCGCUACGCAAGCAUCCCAUAAUGCAUUUUCAGACAGUCUGAAAUCAAUUAUGGUUAAUCAGUAGAAGUUUACUGCCAUUGUUUGGAUUGUCGCCUGGAUAAUUUGCCACCUUCGCAAAGGCUCAUUGUUAGCAAUGAGUCUUUAAGCAACUCAAGCAACUCAAAUCUAGACUUGUAAAGUAGAGUCACGUGACAUACAGUCACAAAAAACAUGCUUUAUCGCAGUUAAGUUUGUUUAGGUGUCGCUAAACACAGUCUCUUCCCUGGCUACUCCACACGACUUGAGCACCUUAAGAUACUAUUGCUACUCGAGCAACCAAAGUAAUUUCAGUGACUCAAUCUACUUGAGCGGCAUUAGAUACUUAGGCCACUUAAGCCAUUGGAGCCAUUCAGGCUGCUUGAACGAUACCAAAUCGAGCAAGGUUAUUUGCAUUAAAAGCCAAUUUUUCAUUUAAGGUUAUAAAGCUUUCUUCGAUUACAGUACACAAAAGAACUAAUUCUUUAACAAUAUCGCAUCAAAUGUUUUAUAAUUAAGACCAAAUGGAUUUAUAUACUCCUUAUAAUGGUAGUUUGUUUAUGAUCUUUACUGGUUUUUGCGCCAAAUUGUUUAUUAGGACAGUUAAAAUGAAAUAUAGUUUAUUUAUAUUUUGGAGAUUUUGUCCUUAAUGUACUUAUAAACAAAAUAAAUUCCUGUA